AUGGACUCUGAAUCAGUUCAAAAGGUCGUAGAGGAACUAUUUGCAUUUAGUAUACUUAUUGCUGAUACCGAAGAAUGGGACUUCAUUUCAGCCAGACUGGCNGAAAGAAAGUUUUUCACUUCUGAUUCGUGUUAUAGUUUUGCGAUGGCUCGUGAUGGUGUUUUCCCAUUCUCACGCUACCUUCGAUGGAUAUUCAAACCAACGAAAACACCUUUGGGGAAUGUUCUAUUCGUUUUUCUGAUCGAUUCAACUCUUCUCUUACUUCAACUAUUGUCCACAACUGCAUUCGCUGCAAUCAUCGCGAUUGCUACGCUUGGUUAUCAAGUUUCGUAUCUAAUUCCUAUUUUCCUCCGAUGUACAUCUGCGCGAAAGAAAUUCCCUCGUGGCGAAUUCAAUCUCGGUCGAUUCGGUGUGCCCAUCGCCAUCAUUUCAUCGAUUUGGUUGACAAUCACGUCCACUAUCAUGCUUUUUCCGGCAAAUUAUCCGAUAACGAAAAAGAAUAUGAAUUACGCGGUUGCGGUCAUCGGUGGUGUUGCCAUUAUUGCUUCAUUGUACUGGAUAUUCUCUGCCCGACACUCGUUUGCUGGACCGAAACGAACGGACACUGAUCCCAGUCCGUUACCUCCAGGACAUAUAACUGCUGAAGAUGCGGUGAAAGAAUCAAUCUUAACAGCACCACCGUCGCCGGAAACGAGAGAUUCGCGAAUGUAA